CCCGGUCACAUGACUUGCAGCGAGUCACGUGAUCGACGCUCCAUUCUCGCCAUUUUGAUGCCAGGAAGAAGCACUUUUAUACCACAGGAAUAAAAAAAACAGCGCAUCACGAGCUCCGAGGCCAAAGAUCAGACACAACUGCCGCAUCAGAAUGGAGGACAGUAGUGGAGUUGCUGUCCUUGUGCCUCACUCUAGAGUCCAGCGGAAUACCGUCUUCAUUCCCGACAGAUGUCUUCAUGGUGCCGAGGACCAGCAACGACAGCAGCAAAAGCAGGCUGCCGACUCUCUUAUUCAGGUCAUUGAGAAGCUCAGCAAGAUCGUGGAAAAGCAGCCCAAACGAUGCUCUGUCUCUGGGAAAAAGAAACCCUUGAUGACCUCUGCUUCUGUACCAGUUCCAGACAGCAGGGACAGCACUGAGGGGCUCACACCUUGUAAGAGAUCAAGAGAACAAAGAGACGACCGCCCGACAUCCAGCAGCACACCUGGGAACAUUUUGGAACCUGAAGCUUCAAGUUUAGGCACUCGGACGGUCACCUGCUACCAGUGCAGUAUGUGCCGAUUUGUCUCCCCUACAUUGGAGCUGUUGAAAGAGCAUCUACUGCUUCAUGACGAGCAGCACAGUGAACUCAUCCUAAUGUGCUCAGAGUGCCAGUUCACUUCAAACCAUCAAGAGGAGCUGGUGGCACAUAUAAGACUCCACCUGGAGGAGGGCGAUCAUGCCAGACACAUCCUAGAUGAACAAGAGAUCGCAUCGGCAAGGAGCGCUCACCAAAGGAUGGCAGUUUUGACGGUGAGCAAUAUGGAAACAGACAAGACGUCUACACCAAAGAAGUGGUACAGCUUUGAGCAGGGCAGGUACCGUUGUCUCAUCUGCAACUAUGAGUGCAGACAACAGCGGAAUCUGAAGACCCAUGCAUGGAAACACGCUGGCUUGGUUGACUGCUCGUACCCCAUAUUUGAAGACGAGACAGACUGUCCUGAUACUUUACAAAGCACCAGUUCUCAUUUGAUUCCAGCAGGUAGGGAGGAUACAAUUGUAGUACUCGCAGCAGUUGGAGGAAAACCUCAGGCGAUUCAUGGCUCCUCCAGUAUCCAGCUAGAGCUGUGUGCUUCACCAGAAGUGAGGUGUCAUGGGGAGAAAGAAGGUCUGAAAACAGUGGAGACCAAACUCCCAUUGAUUAGUCAAGUUUUAACUCUUAAAGACCCAGAGGAGCCCUUGGUGGAGGUGCAGGUGACACCAGAAGCACAAAUGGAGCUGGAGUUGGAGACUGAGAGCCAACAGGCAAGCUCCGACAGUCUCCUGUCCUCCGCACAGAAGAUUAUCAACUGCAGUGGUAACAGCGCUGGCCACAUCAACGUCAUCGUGGAACGCCUUCCCUGUGCAGAGGAACCAGUGUCCAGCAAACCUCUGCUCCUCAGCCCAGAUGUAGAAGGAGACAAGACCCUUCUUUCCUCUGAGGAGACAGAUUUAGAGAGCCAGCACCUCCCUGUAUACUACAAACAAAAGGAGGAGGUUGUGAUUGGCUGGAAUGGAGAAGAUCGACAACAGGAGAAAGACUCUGUGUCAUUGGGUUCUCCCUCUGAUGAAAACGUGCCACCGGUUCGGAGGAGGACUUACUCCGAGUCACUUCGGCUGCAUUCUUUGGCAGCCGAAGCAUUGGUGGCCAUGCCCAUGAGGGCCCCAGAGCUCAGCAAAACCACUGCAAAAGAUAUCCAUGACUGGAGUACUCAAAGCCCUGACACAGGCCAGAGAAUUAUGGAGAUUGCUGAUCGCACCAACCUUAAGGCGUCUUCAGGAGAACUCGGCGCUGCAGUUGGAGAUGUAGGGGCGCAUCUUAACAUUGGCUUCCAGAGUUCAAAAGAUUCUCAAGAUGUGCUGGUCGAGGGACCCUCCAAAGCUGGAAUCAGCAUGUCUCUUUUGACUGUCAUUGAGCGCCUGCAAGAGCGUUCAGACCAAAACACUUCAGACGAGGACAUUCUGAAGGAAUUGCAGGACAAUACCCAAAGCCAACAUGUAGGCGAUGUUCCUGGGUGUGCUGCUGUGCCUAGUGAUAUUUCCACUACAGACGGUCUGGUGGAAUAUAUUGCUGGGAGCGAAAGGCCCUACCGCUGUCGACUGUGCCUGUACAGCAGCGGAAACAAGGGUUACAUAAAACAGCACCUACGUAUACAUAGACAGAGACUGCCCUACCAGUGCCCCAUCUGUGAACACGUCGCCUGUGACAGCAAGGACCUGGAGUGUCACAUGAUCCACCACUUCAAACCUCGCAUGUACAACUGCAAACAGUGCACUGAGAGGUUCCACUUCAAGAGUCAGCUGAGAAACCACGAGAGAGAAGGGCAUGGGAUAGGCGACGAUAGCAGCACACUGACCCAUGUUGCUGAAAGCACAACAAUCAUUGAAGAGUCAGCCAAGAUAACAGAUGAAGAUUCGGCUGGUGAGCAGAGCGUUUUCAAAUGCGAUGUGUGUGACUACACCAGCUCCACAUAUGUUGGGGUGCGCAAUCAUCGGCGAAUCCAUAACUCCGAUAAACCAUACAGGUGCUGCAACUGUGAUUUCGCCACAACUAAUAUGAAUAGCCUGAAGAGCCACAUGAAGAGACAUCCACAGGAGCACCAAGCCAUGCAGCUGCUGGAGCAGUACAGGUGCUCGCUGUGUGGUUACGUGUGCAGCCACCCACCAUCUCUCAAAUCCCACAUGUGGAAACACGCUGGAGAUCAGAAUUACAACUAUGAGCAAGUCAACAAGGCCAUCAAUGAGGCCAUUUCCCAGAGCAGCCGAUCUCCAACUACACCUCUGAAGUCAAAACGUGAGACUGGGGUGGAGCGUCCAUAUGUUGUCUUGAGCAGAAAAGACAAACAGUCACCGGAGGUGGCUUCUGUUACUGAUGGGCCAGAGGGCAACUCUGUGAGGUCAUCGUCCCGCCGGGAGCAGGCCGUGGCGUGGAGGAGCGGCUCGGGGCAGACACGGCCAGGUAUGGAAUACUGUGUGCUGCUCUUUUGCUGCUGUAUCUGUGGCUUCGAGUCCACCAGUAAAGAGCAGCUGAUGGAGCACAUGAAGCAGCACGAGGGAGAUCUGAUCAGCAUCAUACUGAGCAAGGAGCAGCAGGGAAGUCAGCAGCAGCCAGCAACACACACUUUUUAAUACAUACUGUCCUUGUAGCAUUUCUGCUUGGACAAACAACAUGCACAAUUCAAAACCUUUUUUUUUUUUUUUAUGUCAAUCUAUCUUUGUAUUGACAUUAGUUUCCGUUCAUGUUAUUGACUAUGUGUUGAAUUUCAGAGGAUCAAGUAGUUAACAAAUGAAAUUGACUUAAGUCAAGUAACUUUUGUUUUGAAUUAUGCAAAUUGGUGAAUUUCAAAGGUUUUUUGUACCUCAUCUGUUCACAAUAUACAUUGUCGAGUCCACACAUGAAAAUCAGGCAGCUUCUAUCGUUCACUGUAAUAUUAUUUAUCUAUAUUACUUAUGUACGUUUUCCUUUAAGGUGGCACUUGCCAUGCUGCAUUUUGAGUAUGGAGAGACAGAUUUCUUUCUUGCUCUCCAAUGUGUGUCAAUGUUUGCAUUGAUAUUUAUCAAGCUAAUUUAUUUUAUAUGCAUGUUCCCCUCCGUUAUGUUCAUACAAAAUUAGAAAAGGUGUGUCUAGUUAUAGUCUAAUUAUGGUGCUAUUGGUCUUUUGCUCAGAAAUGAGGGAGAGAGAAGUCAUCAUUGGGAACGUAUCUUCAAAUUGUAUAUAAUUGUUAUAUAAACAUUAUAUAGAACGAAUUUAACUGUGUUCUCAUUGAAACAGCACAAGUUUAAAAUUGUCCCUAUUUAAAAAUGAACUCUUGGAAACAUGCAGCAGAAAAAAAGGAUCUAUGUAUAGAUUAUUUACUAUUUUUAUUAUUAAAAUAUAGAUAUUGAAAUCAAACUUUUAUAAAAAGUUCAAAUGCCAAAACUUGGAAGACAUUUCUGUUUUCAUAAUCUUCUUUCCCUUUUUCUUCCAGUUUGUAUUAUUUUUUUUUUUUUUCUUUCUAUCAGUUAUAAUUGUAAAUGGGUAAUGGGUUCAAAAUGAAAUGUAUCCAUAAAAAAAAAGUAGUAGUUUAUGUGGUUGUCAGUGCAGAUGAUGUUCUGUUGUAUUUUGUAUUUUUUUUUUCAUUUACACACACACACACACACACACAUAUAUACUGUAAUAUUAUUAUUAUAGGUUAAUAUCAUUCUGAAUGUUUUUGAGUGCAGUUUUCUCUUUAAGCUCAAGGCAGAAGUCAAGAGUUUGCCGCUGUCAAAUGAAAAAGUAGUUGAUGUUUUAAAUCCUGAAUUGUUAUCUCCUGUGUGCACGGCAUCUCAAGCACUUGUCAUUGCUGAAUAUUAGUCAUGGGUGCCGCUCCAAAACUGAGUUCUGCUCCAGCUGAUCAUGUUCCUACUGCUUGGAAAAAUGUGAGGCUUGGGCAUCGUGAUACUACAGCAGCACCUUUAUAUUGAGAAAGCCUAGUAAUUGAGAUAUUGCUUAAUCACUACCUCAGAUUUACUAGUUUUGUGCCCUGCUCUUUUGACCUCCAAUUUAAGGCCCUUAAUCAGACUUUAUAUGCAUCAUAUUUUCCAGGGGAUGAUUUGCAUACACUUAAUGCUUGUAUGUCAACAGUCUAAACUGCAAAAUUGGCAUGAUUAAAAGGGCAUCUAUAAUUCAUUCAGGCUCCACACUGCCCAAUGUAUCAGAGAAUUUUACUCUUAGGAAUUAAACCAUAAAAAAUGUACAUACUUGAUUAUUAUAUUCUGAACCUAAUGUACUAAUUUACAAUUCAAACUGCAAAUGUAACCAAAGUAGGAGCACGGUCUACAUAUAAAUCAUGUCACAUGAUUUUACCGGGACUCUGACUCAUUUACCAGUAUUGAAAUAGGUUUCUCAUUUCAUUGUUUUAGCACAUAAAUGUUUGUUUCAGAGGAUGUUGUCUUGUUUAUGUCCAUAAUGUUCCCUUGCUACGUUCCAAGUAAUGGCUUCAAAGAGAGAUUGAGCUUCCUAGAAGGUUCAUUUUGUGUCCCAGCUACUGCUUUUAUUUUAUUCUAUCACUGCUGAUGUAGUCCAAAUUGAUCAAGAACCUACCAGUUGGUAUCCCAUUGUAUUCCAGCAAUCUUCCAGCCGUUGUUUCUCACAUUAGUUCCUAGAACAAUUGCAAUACAUCUGGAAUGUUUUCUUCUUCUAAAGCUACACAAUCCGUUUCAAGCGAGAUCCGCGAGACAAUGGUGUCGUCUUUCACGAUGAGUCACAAGAUUUGGUAAUCACAGUGAGGACAGCAUCUCGGCCACAAACGUGCCUUCCAUUUCAACAGCCUCAUCUUUGAAUAAGCUUCAGUCGAGUUCAGAAAUAUACCAUAAAUCUAAGCCAAGUAGUCUCCCUUUAUCGAGUGCUUUGGUAUCUUGGAUUCUGUAUAAUGUGCCCUCACAAACUGUGUAAUGUAUUCGGACACAUGGUACUGUACAAGUUUUGUAUGUGACUGGCUGUAAAUAUUUACUGUAUAAAUUUUUUUUAGAGGAAUUCUAUUUUUUAAAACUUGUAUAAACACUACAGAAAGAAAAAG